GCAUUUUAUCGUGAAUGUCAAAGUGCACCCCAGCUUCAAGCUUUUAUGGAGGAAAGAACACUUGCAGAACAAGUAGGAGAUCUUACAAAACAGUUGGAAACAUUUGAAACAAAUAUGCGGCGGUAUGCAUGUUCCAAUUGUAAAAGCGGUAAAUGAGUAUUAAGAAUAAGUAGUGAGUAGUGAGUAUUACAUUCUGGAGUGUGACAAAGAAAUGAAACAUGGCGGACUCAGCGGGCAAUUGGUGUCUUAUUGAAAGCGAUCCUGGAGUUUUUACAGAAUUAAUAAAAGAAUUUGGUGUUCAAGGUGCCCAAGUGGAAGAAUUAUGGAGUUUGGAUGAUGAGCAAUUUGAUAAUUUGAAGCCUAUACAUGGCUUGAUAUUUUUGUUCAAAUGGGUGCAAGAUGACGAACCCUCUGGAAGUAUUGUUUUAGAUAAUAGAUUGGAUAAAAUCUUUUUUGCAAAACAGGUGAUUAAUAAUGCUUGUGCAACGCAAGCAAUUUUAAGUGUAUUACUGAAUUGCAAACAUUCUGAUAUAUCAUUAGGACCAAAUUUGGAAGAAUUUAAAAAUUUUUGUCAGAGUUUUGAUGCUAACAUGAGAGGUCUUGCUCUUAGUAAUUCUGAUGUGAUAAGAGAAGUACAUAAUUCUUUCUCAAGACAAACAAUAUUUGAAUAUGAUUCAAAACAAGCGUCUAAAGAUGAUGACGUAUUUCAUUUCGUGAGCUACGUUCCUAUUGACGGUCGGUUAUAUGAGUUAGAUGGAUUAAAAGAUGGACCCAUGGAUUUAGGUCCUUGUCCACUUGGAGAUCAAUGGGUUCAAUCAGCUAAACCAAUAAUACAGAAACGAAUAAAUAAAUAUAACGAAGGAGAAAUACAUUUUAAUUUAAUGGCAAUAGUAACAGAUAGAAAAGUAGUUUAUGAACGACAAAUAGCAAAUGUCUGUGAUCCAGCAGAAUUGGAACGUCUUCAAACAUUGAUUGAGAAAGAAAUUCGAAAAUCUAAAAGAUAUCAGAUUGAGAAUAUUAGAAGGAAGCAUAAUUAUUUGCCAUUAAUAAUGGAGCUUCUCAAAAUGCUUGCUAAAGAGGGCAAGUUAGUGCCUCUAUAUCAAAGGGCAAAGGAGAAGGCGUUGGAAAAGGAAUCAAAGAAGAAUAAAGUUUAAAUCUUGGUUUUCUAAACUGUAUAAGAAAAAUAUUGGAAUGUAUGUAUACUACAUAAAUAUUAUUGAAUAAAUUAUAGUAAUGUGUUUUUAAAGAUA